GGCGCCGUUUUUGGUUUAACGGUUGCGGUUGCGGUUGGGGCAUUUGAGACUAUGGCAAGAUUUAAUUGUCUUCUUCAGGUCACCAAAUACCAAUCUUUCAAUUUUGAAAUAAAAAUAUUUUAAAAGAAAAACCCUUCAAGUCAAUCGAUUACUACUCUAGAAUUCAGUUUGUGCUAAUUUAGGCGGCGGGAUUCGAUUUGAUGAACCGCUGCCGGUGGUGACCGGUGAGUCGAUUUUAGGACGAAUUGAACAAACGAAAGCAGGUGCAGAAAUGCCGGAGGAGGAUUUGGUGGAUAUAAAGUUCAGGAUUUAUGAUGGCUCGGAUAUCGGACCGUUUCGAUACUCCGCCACAUCGACGGUGGAUAUGCUUAAGCAAAGAAUUGUCUCUGAUUGGCCCAAAGGUAAGACAAUUGUUCCAAAAUCAGUAAAUGAAGUCAAGCUGAUAAGUUCUGGUAAAAUUUUGGAGAACAACAAGACUGUUGGCCUGUGUAAAGUACCCUUUGGUGAAGUUCCGGGUGGGGCUAUAAUAAUGCAUGUUGUAGUACAGCCAUCCCUUGCAAAAGCUAAAACAGAGGCCAUCUUUAUCCUCUCUCUUUUUGCAUCUUUCCUCAUUUCUUCACACUGAUAAGAUCAACUAAACUCCUGAACGCAUUAGUUAUGGGAUUGCCUUUAAGAAAAGAAGAUUGAUGAUUCACCCAGAAAGACUGUCUGCUCAUGUUCUAUUUUGUGAAGGAAAACAUGUGGAGUUGGAAAAAUCAUGCAUGACGGUGAACCAUGUUUAGGAACGUAAACAUUGUCUCGGAGUAUUUAUGUGUAUGUUCGUCACAGAGCCCAUGUGUGGAAGUUGUUAAUGGAGUGAGUGAUGAAUGAUGUGCAAUUUUAGUUUCUUUGGUUCCUUAAAGACUUUUUAUCUGGUUGGUUUCAAAUAUUAGCUUUGAAUUAUUUGUAAAGUUGUAAGUUGUAUAGACUACUCCACGUAAAGACGAAAUGUACACCAAAUUGGAAGGAUAAAUGCCCUUGUAUAAAAUGCUAUCCGUUACUAAUAAUGAAAUAUUCCCUAUUCGGCCUGCUGUGGAAGAAUAGGCAUUUUCUUGCAGGUGAUAAA